AUGUCAUAUGUAAGACACAAGCAGUGGUGCAAGUACAGUGGACACAUUAAGCCUCGGCUGGUUGCAGGGGACAGUGCCUGCUCAGGACGUGUGGAGAUAAUACAUGGAAACACAUGGACCACAGUCUGUGAUGCACACUUUGAUCUCAAAGUUGCCAACGUUAUCUGUAAUGAACUUCAGUGUGGAAUAGCUGCAUCUAUCCCAGGAGGAGCUCACUUUGGAGAAGGACAAGGAAAGAUCUUGACUGAAGAAUUCCAGUGUGUGGGGAAUGAGUCUCUCCUGCUCUCCUGUCCCAGAAAACCACAAGAAAAUCAGACGUGGUCACACACAAAUGAUGCUAGUGCCAUAUGCUCACGGUACACAGGGUUCCGGCUGGUGAACGGCAGCACAGCGUGCUCAGGGAGGGUGGAGAUCCAGGUUCUUGAUGCCUGGGGAACCCUCUGUGAUUCACGCUGGGAUUUACUGGAUGCCAACGUUCUCUGUCAUCAGCUCGACUGUGGGUUCGCUGUAUCGGCUCCGGGAGGAGGGUAUUUUGGGAAGGGAAAUGGCUCUGUCUGGACAGACACAUUUCACUGCAAAGGGACUGAACCCCAUUUGGGCCAUUGCCCUGUUACUGCCCUGGGGGCCUCUCAGUGCUCACACGACAAUGAUGCCAGUGUGGUUUGCUCAGGGAGCAGGCGGCUCAGACUGGUGAAUGGGGCAGGUCGCUGUGCCGGGAGAGUGGAGAUUUAUUACAAUGGCAGCUGGGGGACAGUCUGUGAUGAUUCCUGGGAUCUGUCAGACUCCAAUGUCGUUUGCAAACAACUUGGAUGUGGACACGCCAUCAAUGCAACUGUCUCUGCUCAUUAUGGGCAAGGAUCCGGACAGAUCUGGCUGGAUGAUGUGAACUGCUCUGGGAAUGAAUCCAAUCUCUGGGACUGUCCUUCCGGGGGAUGGGGCCAGCACAACUGCAGACACAAAGAGGAUGUGGGAGUUCUCUGCUCAGAAUUCACGGAUCUGAGACUGGUGAGUGGCAGUGACUGUGCUGGGCGACUGGAGGUUUUCUACAGUGGGACUUGGGGCAGUGUUUGCAACAAUCCUAUGGAUGCCGUCACCAUGGCACUUACAUGCAAACACUGUGGAGACAGAGGGACACUUUUGAAAGAGUUUACACAUGGAAGCGGCUCUGGCCCCACCUGGGUGGAUGGUGUUCGGUGCGAUAAGCAGCACAGCUCCCUUUGGCAAUGCCCGUCAGACCCUUGGAAACAACAAUCGUGUAACAGAGUAGAAGAAACCCAUAUUGCUUGUGAAGACAGGGAGAAGUUACGUGUCAUGGGAGGAGAGGACAGAUGCUCGGUGAGAGUGGAGGUUUGGUACCGUGGCUCCUGGGGAACAGUUUGUGAUGACUCCUGGGACAUGGCGGAUGCUAACGUUGUGUGUAAACAACUGGGCUGUGGAUCUGCUGUAUCUGCCCCGGGCAAGGCUGCAUUCGGUGAGGGGACUGGUCCCAUCUGGGUGGAGAAGAUGAACUGCAGAGGGACAGAGUCAUCUCUCUGGGACUGUUGUUCCAAGCCCUGGGGUGAGAGCAAUUGUGACCAUAAGGAGGAUGCUGCUGUGAAUUGCUCAGGCUGCUUAAAGGCCAGCCCCCUUACGUGUCGUGGGGGAGAGGACAGAUGCUCGGGGAGAGUGGAGGUUUGGUACCGUGGCUCCUGGGGAACAGUUUGUGAUGACUCCUGGGACAUGGCGGAUGCUAACGUUGUGUGUAAACAACUGGGCUGUGGAUCUGCUGUAUCUGCCCUGGGCGAGGCUGCAUUCGGUGAGGGGACGGGUCCCAUCUGGGUGGAAAAGGUGAACUGCAGAGGGACAGAGUCAUCUCUCUGGGACUGUUGUUCCAAGCCCUGGGGUGAGAGUAACUGUGAUCAUAAGGAAGAUGCUGCCGUGAAUUGCUCAGGUGUGACACAGACGACAGAUUCACCAAAUACCCCAGCUCCUCUGCGUCGCCCUCUGACUGACAGUGGGAGAGUCACAGUGCCCAUGGUCAUCUGCAUUAUCCUGGGGGCCCUGCUCUGCCUGGUCUUAAUCAUCCUGGGGGCGCAGGUGCGAAGUGCCAGGGCACAGCGCAGAGUUGUCAAGUAA